AUGUCCUUCCUUCACGAGAAACCCCUCUCAACCGUUGACGAUGAAGAAGACAUCGAGAAGAGCGCAGAGUCGUUGUCUUUUGACGACGACUCCAGCCAGUCUUCCACUAUGCCGUCUGGAGAUAGGGUGCUAAUCUGGCCGGAGGACGAUGAGCAGGAGGAAGCUGGAAGGCAAGAAGCAGGACCCCAGAUAGAACGCUGGCUCGACCAGGUUACCGAGGCCACAAACAACAAACCGUCUGGUGUGGUACACGAGGAGAGAGAGACGGAGGAGGACCGCUCACUUCUACAGGCGGUGGAGUGGCAGUUGUCAUAUCUACGUAUGCAGCCAACAAGAUGUUUGAAAUGGAUAGAGGAAGGUGCUAGUAUCAACCGAAAGGUACUUGGUGACUUUCGGGGGGAAAAUUGUAGGCCGGAUUUCAAGCUCGAUAGUAAUGUCGACACGGUGCAGUUUAUCCUAUUGAAUGACCGGGCGAGGAUCGCGUCUUGGGCUAUCGGCUCCAGAAGUGUUAACACUUCAGAGUCAACCAGGCAAGAUGCAGAGGCAAGGUAUACCGAAUAUGAGAAGAGCGCCUUGGAAAUGAAAGCUGAGAUGUUCCCCACGUUGGACCCGGACGGGUCUCUUGAAUCACGUCCUACACGUUCGCUGCUCAUUUCUAGAGAGUUCAACAGAGGUGUGCUUGAGGUGUUGACAGACGACGGCUUGACCGCAGUACCUGAUGGUGUUUGGAGCGAUGUACGGGCCCAUAACGCUGUCAUUAAGGAUACAUACGACCGGGGGGGCUGGUCAGAGUUCAGUCCUGAGUUCCAGACGCUCUUUGCAUCAUGGAGCGAUUCUAUGGAAGCCUUGCGAGAUGCGGUAAUGACGGACCUUCCUCCUCCUCCAUUGUAG